CUGAUUUGAUUAUAAACCUUCCCCAAGUAAACUUAACACUAUAUAAAAGAAUAAAACGUCUCUUAGAAACAUGAUGUGAAGAAUGAAAUGAAUUUACUUGCUUUGACCAAUUAUCUGGCAACCUGUCAUUCUAUGCGUUUCGUUUUUCCGUAAUAGAGACUUAAAGUGAAAGCGAAACAGAGGGACUCUGGGUGUGCGGCCAAGCACAGCAGCUUUACUACGCAGAGAUGAGGCCGAUGUCCGCAAUCCACCGCCUGGUCAUGACUUGUGCCUGGUUGUUCCGUGAAGUAGCAGGCCCUUUUGCUUACUGGGCUUGGUUCAAAAUACUCUACUUAACUUCAAAACUCCUCGGAUAUGUCGCUAGACUUAAAGCAAUAGUCUGGAGACAGGAUGGCGAAAACGAAGUAAUUGAAGAAAGGGACGGGAACCAAAGUCCGCCCAGAGAGUCAGCUGAGGAUGUCGCGGUGGUGACGGACAGUGAGUGUCACCUUGAGGCCGGAGCACCGUGUGAGGAGGUCGUCGACCCGCAGACCCCCCAGCUGUAUACAGAAGACCCCCCAGCUGAGGCUGAAGACGAGUUUGACGCUGAGGAGUACCGAGUCGAGGCCGCCGAUGAGCUGUACUGCGACUAUGAUUCAACCUGGGAGACCAAGGAGGAUACGGAGGACCAGGUCACCCCCAGGAGGAGCAGCGGUCCAGGACCCCCCAGACCUUUCAAGUUCAGCAGAUUUGAAAAUGCAGCAAGAGACAUGCAAAACUACAGGCACGGCUACCCUUUCAAGUCCUGGAGGCAGCCACGGAGAAACAAAGCAUCUGACGACAGGCCUAACCUGAAUUUCUACCUCGGAUUGACAGCCUCAGUUCCCGACGGAGUCAAAAUAACUGAUUUCCAUGAACAAUGGUUUGGGGAGUAUGAUACACUGGAGUAUGUGCACACUUUCAUACAGUGGUUGUUCCCGCUGCAGGAACCAGGGAUGAACUACGAGGCCAGCAUACUGACCAAGGAGGAAAUUAGGGAUUUUAUUGCAAACCCCACAGCAAUGCAAAACCUGCUGAAGUCAUAUAAGCUCAUGUUGGACUUCUACGGUAUCGAGUUGUGCGAUGAGGCAACAGGGGAAGUCAGAAGAGCAUCAAACUGGAAGGAAAGAUUCAACAACCUUAACAGCCACACACAUAACAACCUGCGCAUCACCCGCAUCCUGAAGUGCCUGGGGACCCUGGGAUACCGUCAGUACCAAGCCCCUCUGGUCCACUUCUUCCUGCAUGAGACGCUCGUCGAGGGGCAACUUCCAAAUGUCAAGGAAAGCGUCCUCAACUACUUUGUGUUCGCUGUCCUCGAUAAGAGGGAGCGCAGGAACCUCAUCAAGUUCGCCUAUGAGAACUAUUAUCCGAGAGACGAGUUUGUGUGGUGCCCAAAGAAAAUUCAGAUGUUGUGGUCUCACGGCGACAACUCUCAGGAGUAUCUGAGUGUUGACGGCAAAGCCGCAGAUGUGACGGGGAGGGAUUUCAGCGACACAGAUGAAAGUCUAUGAGUGAUGCCUGCAGCCAGAGAGCAACGCUUGCAAGAGAUUGAUGUCAGGAGAUAACGCAAGUCUCCUUAGAGAUAACCCUGGUUGACUUGACUAUCAAUAUUCACAGUUUAAGUUCUGGACUUUUACUCAUAUGUUCUUAUUUUUCACACAUGUAUGUUGAUAACUCGUGUACUUUCAUGAGCCGACCAAAUAUGUUUUACACUGUACAAGUAUCAUGAUACGGUGUCUACGGUUGGGUAAUUAAUAAACCUGAAAUGAUUGUUCCCAA